UUCAUGACUUCAGCAGGAGGCGGAGUUGACGAUACCCAUUUUCUCCGGCUCCCUGUUGACCUAGACAUGGCGACUCCUGGCCCUGUGACUCCAGAGGUGCCUUUUGAACCAUCGCAGCCCCCGGUCAUUGAGGGCUUUAGCCCCAGUGUCUACAGCAAUCAGGAAACCUUCAAGGAAAAGUUCUUUCGCAAGACUCGCGAGAAUCCCAUGGUACCCAUAGGCUGCCUGGGAACGGUGACCGCACUCACCUAUGGCCUCUACUGCUUCCACCGGGGUCAGAGCCAUCGCUCCCAGCUCAUGAUGCGCACCCGGAUCGCCGCCCAGGGCUUCACGAUCGCAGCCAUCUUGGUGGGUUUGGCUGCAUCCGCUCUUAAAUCUCGACCCUGAACCCGCGGCCUGGUCUUGAAAGCUCCUUGGAGUUCAUUCCCAGGCCCAGGAGCAACCACCAGUCCUUCCACCGGACUUGUUUCCUGACAAGCCCUUGUGUCAAUGGGGGAGGAAGUGGCCAAUUGAAUAUAUGAUUCCCCCCCACACACACUCUGCCAGGAAUCCUAGGUUCUCUUCCGUUUGGGUGUUGCAUACUACUAUUUCGCCGCACCUUCUCCACUCCCUACUUAAUAAACUCGGAUCCACUUGCAAUUUUAUCAAUUCA